AGCUGAAGCGGCGCCCGAGACGGAGAUAAAUCGAUAGAGACGAAUUACCGUCAGCGUGGAACAGAUACUACACAGAAAAGAGAAGUGACUUCGGAGGGUUUCUUUGAUGGGGCGGGGAGGAGGUCAUCUGAGCCCAGGACUCGGGGAGUGCUAGCGCUUACACCUAACAUAGACGAGGAAAACAAGGUCGUUGAGUUUCACCCAAAUACAGCUGCCACCAAGGCUGAGCCACAGCCGGGAAAUGAGCAAGUGUCAGAGGCGCGUGGCACCCAGCCCAGACUGCCAGGCGAUCAGAGGCCGGCAGCGAGGCAGAGGCUCCCCCUUCACGGCCACCUGCUGUACAACUGAAGUGGAGCUGGGCACCCCAGCGCCGAGCGCCCCACGCGGGCAACCCGGCAACCUCUGAGCUCCUGCAGGCUGUAACCACCGGUUUGCAUAUUAAUAAACAGGGGCCAAGAAAAAGUGAAUUCGCAGCCCCAAACAAGUUAGUAAAAGGCAGAAGUGGGACGCGAGCCACGGACACUGCCCUUACGUCCAGCCCUGGGGCUCCCUCAGGCUGGCCCAGGGGCGGGCAGGCAGAUGCCGGCUGGGCAGAGUUGGAAAGACUUCCAAUCCUGCGAUCCGGAUUCCGGCCUUCCCGAGAGCCCCAUUCUGGGCGUGGUUCAAAACACGGAACGACGGAGUUCGUGGAGCAGGAGGAAAAGCGCGGCCGCCGAAACGAGCAUGCGCGUUAGGCUAGCUCACUCGGCUGCGCUCGGCGCUGGGGAGGGUCACCGAGGCGGACGUCGGCUACGCAGGCGCCAGCGCCCCGUGGGGAGGAGGGCGAAGACUCCAUCCGCCAUGUUGGAUGCCGCAGAUUCGCCAUAACCUCGCCGGCUCUUUUCUUAAAAAAAUAAAAAUAAAAAGCGAAGCGUCAGCGGGGCGCCCCGCUUUCUCUGUGGGCGCGGGAAGAAGCCCGGAAGACCCCGAGGCUUUUUUUUCCUCCGCGGUGGGGGCGUUGCCAUGGAGACGCCGGCGGCAGAAAACACGGCCAUCUUCAUGUGCAAAUGUUGUAACCUUUUCUCACCAAAUCAAUCCAAACUCCUCUCCCAUGUUUCUGAGAAGCACACAGAAGAGGGGGUGAACAUUGACGAGAUCAUCAUUCCCCUUAGGCCUCUGAGUACUCCUGAACCCCCGAACCCAGGCAAAACUGGAGACGAGUUCUCAGUCAUGAAGAGGAAGAGAGGCAGGCCUAAGGGGUCCACAAAGAAGCCUAGUGCCGAGGAGGAGCUGGCCGAAAACAUCGUGAGCCCGAGCGAGGACAGUCCACUGGCUCCGGAGAACGGAAGCAGCCCGGCUCCGGGCAGCCUGGAGUGCAGCAAGUGCUGUCGGAAGUUCUCCAACACGCGCCAGCUGCGGAAGCACAUCUGCAUUAUUGUGCUGAACUUGGGUGAGGAGGAAGGAGAGGCAGGUAACGAGUCUGACCUUGAGCUAGAAAAGAAAUACAAGGAAGAUGAUCGAGAAAAGGCCCCAAAAAAGCCACGGACGCAGAAAACAGAGAAAGUCCAGAAAAUCUCCUCAGGAAAGGAGGCUGGGCAGCUUCCUGGAGCGAAGAAGCCCAUCAUCAGUGUGGUUUUGACUGCACAUGAAGCUAUUCCAGGUGCUACCAAAAUUGUUCCCGUGGAGGCUGGGCCCCCCGAAACAGGAACUGCAAAUCCGGAGACCUCCACAGCAGACCUGGCACCUCGCAGAGGGUACCAGGAAUACGCCAUUCAGCAGACACCGUACGAGCAACCAAUGAAGUCGAGCAGGCUAGGUCCCACCCAGCUCAAAAUCUUCACUUGCGAGUACUGCAAUAAGGUCUUCAAGUUCAAGCACUCACUGCAGGCCCAUCUGAGGAUCCACACCAACGAGAAGCCGUACAAGUGCCCCCAGUGCAGCUACGCCAGCGCCAUCAAGGCCAACCUCAACGUGCACCUGCGCAAGCACACCGGCGAGAAGUUCUCCUGCGACUACUGCUCCUUCACCUGCCUGAGCAAGGGCCACCUCAAGGUGCACAUCGAGCGGGUGCACAAGAAGAUCAAACAGCACUGCCGCUUCUGUAAGAAGAAGUACUCUGACGUCAAGAACCUCAUCAAGCACAUCCGAGACGCACACGACCCGCAGGACAAGAAGGUCAAGGAGGCGCUGGACGAGCUCUGCCUGAUGACGAGGGAGGGCAAGCGGCAGCUGCUCUACGACUGCCACAUCUGCGAGCGCAAGUUCAAGAAUGAGCUGGACCGUGACCGCCACAUGCUGGUCCACAGCGACAAGUGGCCCUUUGCCUGUGAGCUGUGCGGCCACGGGGCCACCAAGUACCAGGCGCUGGAGCUGCACGUCCGAAAGCACCCGUUCGUGUACGUCUGCGCCAUGUGCUUCAAGAAGUUCGUCAGCUCCAUCAGGCUGCGCUCCCACAUCAGAGAGGCGCACGGGGCUGCCCAGGAGACGCUGGUCUUCACCAGCUCCAUCAACCAGAGCUUCUGCCUCCUGGAGCCUGGCGGGGACAUCCAGCAAGAAGCCCUGGGGGACCAGCUGCAGCUGGAAGAGGAGUUUGUGUUCCAGGGUGUGAAUGCGCUCAAGGAGAAAUCCCGCGCUGGGGACACUCAGCCCGAGGAGGAUCAGAGGGAGCUGGAGGCCCCAGUGGAGAUGCCGGUCCCGGCUGGACACCUAGCUGCCCCCCAGGCGGGAAGUGCCCUGCCACCCUGUGAGCUGGACACCACUGUGGUCUCAUCGGACCUGCAUCCACAUGCAGUGGUUUCCCAGGAUUUUUUGUUGAAAAAUAAUCCCUCCUCCACCGAGGCUUCCACUGCUCCCGAGACCUCGGACACCCAUCACGGGGGCGACGUCAAAACUCAGGGUGAAGAAACCGCACUCCCUCUACCCAAGGCACAAGGUGCAGGGCCACACCAGGAGAGCCAGGGUGCUGAGAGCCCUCCAGGUGAAGGGAAGACAGAGGCUCCCCUUCCUGACAGGGAACCCGAUCCUAGCAGAUGUCUCAGGUCGAACCCAGCUAAGGCCUCAGACCUCCUUCCUCAGGGAGCUGGUGGUGGGGACCCUGCCGCAUGCCAGCCUGACUCUUGCAAACCUGGCUUCGAGCACCGGCCUGGCAUCACUGCCUUCAUGAAGGUUCUGGACAGUUUGCAGAAGAAGCAAAUGAACACUAGCUUGUGCGAGAGGAUCCGGAAGGUUUACGGAGACCUGGAGUGUGAAUACUGUGGCAAACUUUUUUGGUACCAAGUGCAUUUUGAUAUGCAUGUCCGCACCCACACCCGGGAACACCUGUAUUAUUGCUCCCAGUGUCAUUACUCUUCCAUCACCAAAAACUGCCUUAAACGCCAUGUAAUUCAGAAACACAGUAACAUCUUGCUGAAGUGUCCCACUGACGGCUGUGACUACUCGACUCCAGAUAAAUAUAAGCUACAGGCACAUCUUAAAGUGCACACAGUGCUGGACAAAAGGAGUUAUUCUUGUCCUGUAUGUGAAAAGUCUUUUUCAGAAGAUCGAUUGAUAAAGACACAUAUCAAGACCAACCAUCCCGAGGUCCCCAUGAGCACCAUUUCCGAGGCCCUCGGGAGGAGGGUUCAGUUGAAAGGGCUCAUUGGGAAGCGAGCCAUGAAGUGCCCGUAUUGUGAUUUCUACUUCAUGAAGAAUGGUUCCGACCUUCAGCGUCAUAUCUGGGCUCACGAAGGUGUGAAACCCUUCAAAUGUUCUCUGUGUGAAUAUGCAACUCGUAGCAAGAGUAACCUCAAGGCCCAUAUGAAUCGUCACAGCACUGAGAAAACCCACCUCUGUGACAUGUGUGGCAAGAAAUUCAAAUCAAAAGGGACGUUGAAAAGUCACAAGCUCCUUCACACAGCAGACGGGAAGCAGUUCAAGUGCACGGUGUGUGACUACACGGCGGCCCAGAAGCCACAGCUGCUGCGGCACAUGGAGCAGCAUGCCUCCUUCAAGCCUUUCCGCUGUGCCCACUGCCAUUACUCCUGCAACAUGUCUGGCUCUCUGAAGCGACACUACAACAGGAAGCAUCCCAACGAGGAGUAUGCCAACGUGGGCACCGGGGAACUGGCAGCGGAAGCGCUCAUCCAGCAAGGUGGUCUGAAGUGUCCUGUUUGCAACUUCGUGUAUGGUACCAAAUGGGAGUUCAACAGGCACUUGAAGAACAAACAUGGUCUGAAGCUGGUGGAAAUUGAUGGCGACCCCAAGUGGGAGCCAGCAACAGAAACUCCUGAAGAGCCCUCUACCCAGUAUCUUCACAUCACUGAGGCCGAAGAAGAUGUUCAGGGGACACAGGCAGCUGUGGCCGCACUCCAGGACCUGAGAUACACCUCUGAGAGUGGUGACCGACUUGACCCCACAGCUGUGAACAUCCUCCAGCAGAUCAUUGAGCUGGGCACCGAGACCCACGAUGCCACUGCUGUUGCCUCGGUGGUUGCCAUGGCACCAGGGACAGUGACUGUGGUGAAGCAGGUCACAGAUGAGGAGCCCAGCUCCAACCACACAGUCAUGAUCCAGGAGACCCUCCAGCAGGCCUCAGUGGAGCUGGCCGAGCAGCACCACUUGGUGGUGUCCUCUGAUGACGUGGAGGGCAUCGAGACGGUGACCGUCUACACACAGGGUGGGGAGGCCUCGGAAUUCAUCGUCUACGUGCAGGAGGCCAUGCAGCCCGUGGAGGAACAGGCGGUGGAGCAGCCAGCCCAGGAGAUCUAGAGGAGGACUUGCAGAUGGACGGCCGCAGGCAGGGCUGCAGACUCUGCAAGCACCCAGGGCACGGGCUAGAGCCCUCCUGGCCCACAGAAUGGUGCUCUCUUCUGCACUUCCUGUCUGGCGAUCCCGAGGAGACUCUCCUCUUUCUACUCUGGGUGGGCAAGGCAGUUGGCAUCACCAGCAAUACGGGACUCCUGUCCUCCUAGACAUACACACCCUUGCCCUGUUCCGACUGCCUCCACAUAGGCUUCCACAUAACUCCCCGCACGUACCUACACCACAUCACCCCUGCUGCAGGGUCCACGAGACCCCUGUCUCCAUCAACAUCUUCCCCACCUCCUCCACCCCCAGGCCCCCAUCUAGGUGAUGCGUCUUCAUCUGGAACCAUUAUGCAGCAGUCUGGCAAAAGGGAGACAGCCGUCACAUCAGAAGUGACCUUAGGGUGUUUGAAUCACUGCUGGGCAAGGUGGGAUGGUCCUGGCUUCAUCUGCAGAGUCCCGUCCUCCUCGAGGGUCAGAGUGCUUGUUAUUAAGUGAAGUAACCGUGAUUCACUCCAUCUCAUGUCCCUUUACCAACCUGGAAUUCUGCUUCUAAGAAAUAUGCACUUUCACUGUUCACCUCCCAUUCUCAGAAGGGGAGGUGAAUGGAAUAAAAGCAUCCUCCACCUGA